AGUGCUUUGUAGUGGUAAUGGCUCGAGCAUUUAAUUUUAUCAAAUUCGAUCAGGGUUAUUUACUUAGUGACCGAGUAAUUUUAAAUAAGAAAAAUAUCUUCGAGUAAACGUUCUUUUGUUCCACAAAUCCCUCUGAACAAUCGAGGCCUUAGUUUAAAAAAAUUAUUUCUAGUGAACACUGCCUUGCUAUCGGAGAGUUAAUUACAUUACCAUCAUCCAAUCGGAUGCAGUUACAUUUGAGUGAAAUUUAGCAGACCGCACGAGCAUUGGAAAUGGAUCACUAUGGCAAAGUCCACAGAAAAAGCAACCCUCGAGAACAUGCUAAUUUUCUAAGUCUUUUUACUUUUUCUUAUACUGGAGGAUUAUUUAAAAAGGCGUUUAAAAAGGAUUUAGAAGAAGAGGAUAUCUAUGAAGUGAUAAACUCAUGUAAAUCAGAAACUACUUCCGAGAGAGUUGCUGAGAGCUGGAGGAAGCGCGUACUUGAUAAUGGGCAUUGCUCGUUAUUUUGGCUUUUAUGGAAAAACUUUGGUAAACAGUUUGCCCUGUUGAGUUUAAUUAACUUGAUUUGGAAAUCGACUAACAGCAUCUAUGAGCCUGAAGCUAUUGGAAAGUUGGUGUCGUAUUUUAAUCCAAAAUCCAAACUCACAUUUAAUGAUGCAAUUUUCUAUGCCUGUUUAAUGGUCGGCCUGAAAUUCCUGCACGCACUGUACAUGCAGAACUAUUCAAUUUAUCUUCAACAACUGGCGAUUAACAUAAAGAAUUCUCUCUGUUCUUUGGUAUAUCGAAAGGCGCUGAGACUUUCACCAUCAGCAAUGCAGCAGGUGGGUCUGGGAAAUGUAAUAACCGUAAUGACCAAAGAUGCUAACGUUUUCGAAAAAGGUGUGCCUCUUUUUAGCGAUGUAUGGGCUGAAAUUAUCAGAAUUUUCCUAAUAUGCUACCUAAUAUAUAACAAAAUGGGUGUAUUCAGUUUUUUCGGCAUUGGCUUCCUUAUGGUGGUGUUACCUCUACAAGUUUAUAUCGGAAAAUGCAUUAAAAACCUGCGUCUGGAUUUGAGCAAAAAGACUGACGAACGAAUACAAAUCACCCAAGAAACUUUAUCGGCCAUCAAGAUAAUAAAAAUGUACACUUGGGAGAAAGUGUUUGUUAGGAAAGUGGAGGAAAAAAGAAUCAAAGAAAUGAAGUUCCUCCUAAAAUCAGCCUACUUGAAAUCAAUGACUUUCAUAAUAGGAAUAUUUUCUUCAAAAAUUGGCAUCUACAUUUUAAUGAUGACUUAUAUCGCCUUCACAGAAGUUCCAGAGGCUGAAGUAAUAUUUUAUGUGAUGAGAGCCUAUCAUGACUUGAAACAUGCCGUCGGUAUUCUCAUUCCCAUUGCGUUUGGUAAAUGCGCUGAAAUAAUCGCAGCUAGUCAAAGAGUCAAUAGAAUUCUAAACUCAGAGGAACUUGAUGUAGAUGAUUAUAGUAACACAUCAGCACCUAAGGUGAAACUUUCAGGAGUCACUGUGAAAGUAAAAGACCGAGAAAUCUUGAAAAAUAUCACCACCGAAUUAAAGCCGGGUCUGACUGUAGUUACCGGUCCUUUGGGUUGUGGCAAAAGUGUGUUACUAAAGCUUUUCCUAAAAGACGUUCCAAUAGCUGACGGAAAAUUGCACUCAAGAGCGAGAUUCUCAUAUUGCUCUCAAGACUCAUGGUUGUUUCCAUCAUCAAUUAAACAAAACAUAGUGUUUGGAGAACCAUAUAAUCCGGCUCGAUACGAAAAAGUCGUCAAAGUCUGUGCGUUAGACUAUGACUUUAAUUUAUUUGAUAAUGGCGAUGAAACCAUUGUGUCUGAUGGGGGUAAAAACCUAAGCGGAGGCCAGCAAACGAGAAUUAAUCUAGCUAGAGCGAUUUACAAAGAAAGCGAUAUUUACCUCUUGGACGACCCGCUUCACUCUUUAGAUCCUCACGUGCAAGAAUUUAUCUACCAAAAUUGCAUUAAAGACUUUCUGAAAAAUCAUCAACGCGUUCUGGUGACCCAUAAUUUCAAGCACAAAAACGGUGCUGAUAACAUAAUCGUGCUAAAAGAGGGACGAAUUACAUUUGAUGGGAAAGCCGCAGAAGUAAAAGAGGAAAUUAUCAAGGAAGCAGAAAUAGAUGAGAAGAAGCAAUCGAAAAAGGAAGCUGAUGGUGAUGAUGAUAGUGACGAAAAUACCGGUCUGAUUAAACGACCCGAAAUCGGAAAAGUGAAGGUUUACAGCGAAGUGAAAAAAGAAGGAAAAGUCGAUUUUGUGGUAUUUAAAAAAUAUUUUACUUUUGGAGGAGGGAUACUGGUUUUUCUCGGAUUGGCGCUGCUGGUUCUCACUAGUGAGUUCAGCGAUAACUAUUCAUCCAGAGUUUUUACAAAUUGGAUCAACUUGCAACAAAAUCUAACCAACCUCAAGGAAAUUAACUUUACCAACAGUACAACCUACAUCAAGAUAAAUGCCAAGGCAGAUUGGAGCAUAAAGUUAUAUUCGGGCAUAACUGUGGGUGUAUUCUGCUUGGACCUUCUGAUACAGUUUCUACUGAUAAAUUUCGGAAGAAAGGCCUCGAUCGGUUUGCAUCGCGCUAUGAUUGAUAAACUGUCCACUGCUUCAAUGGCCUUUUAUGAUCGAUAUUUUAUUGGGAACAUUCUGAAUAGAUUUUCGCAGGACUUGGCCAUUGUGGACGAGGUUUUACCGCAUGAUGUCAACUUCUUUCUUAUGAUUCUUUUCGCUUCUUUCGGCGCCAUUGCUUUAGUUUCCACUGUAAGCUACAUUUUUAUGAUUCCAGCAGGAAUAUUGGCUGUAAUUAUGUAUUUACUUCGCGUAGUGUAUAUGCCGGCAGCCAGAAGCCUCAAGCGUCUUGAAGCAGCUACUCGCAGUCCUUUGAUUGGUCAUCUUAAUGCCUCCAUUGAAGGACUAACAACGAUCAGAGCGAGCAAAGUCGAGCAUCUCCUAAUUAAAGAAUUCGACAGGCAUCAGGACCUUUACACUUCAGCUCAUUAUAUGAGUUUCUGCGUAAGGAAGGCUUUUGCGUUUUUUAUGGACAUUCUUACAGCACUGUUUGUUACUUUUGUCGUUGGAAAAUUACUAUUCUGGGGCGCAGGUGAACUUUCUGGCGAUGUUGGUCUAGCAAUUACAAAGGCUGCUACUAUAGCGAUGAUGCUGCAGUGGUCGUUGCUUCAGUGGUCUGAACUAGAAAAUGAUAUGACGCACGUGGAACGAGUAUUGGAGUAUACUGAAGUGCCACAGGACAACUACGAAGGAAGUUGCUUAGAAAACUGGCCUGAGCAUGGGGGAGUUAUCUUUAAAAACGUCUCACUCACUUACAAAUUGGAAAAAGUGCUUAAAGAUAUCAGUUUUGAGGUGAAACCUAAACACAAAAUCGGUAUAGUUGGAAGAACAGGAGCUGGGAAAAGUUCUAUUAUAUCCACGCUGUUCCGGUUGUACAACUAUGAUGGCGUGAUUUUCAUUGAUAACGUUAACAUAAAAACUUUGUCGCUGGAGUUUGUCCGACAGCACAUAUCAAUUAUCCCUCAAGACCCUUUAUUGUUUGAAGGCACUAUUCGGCACAAUUUAGAUCCGACCAACCUUUAUACGGAUGAGGAAGUCUGGGAAACACUGGACAAAGUGCAUAUGAAAGAGCACAUUUCCAGUUUAGAUCUGCUCAUAUCAGAUCAUGGUUCAAAUUUCUCCACAGGCCAAAGGCAGCUGAUUUGCCUAGCUAGAGCCAUAAUUAAAAAGAACAAAAUCGUAGUUUUAGACGAGGCCACGGCCAAUAUGGAUCCCGAAACAGACCUUUUAGUACAAAAAGCGAUAUCCAAAAACUUUUCUAAUUGUACAGUGUUCAUUAUAGCUCACAGGCUGCAGUCUGUGAUGGAAUGCAACCGUAUUUUAGUAAUGGAGCGCGGACAAGUUGUGGAAUAUGCCGACCCAAUGUUGCUUUUGGAAAAUAGAAACAGUUAUUUUUCAAAGAUGCUAGCGUCGGACAAUUCGCACACGCUUGGUUGAGUCGAGGCCAAAGCAAUAAUAUAUUAACAUUUACUAGAAUCUGUGAGACCGUGUACAGUGAAUAUAUUAAAUUUAAAAAAGA